UCCCACUCACGCCAGCUGCUCUCCUCUCUCGCACUAUUGCUUUCCCUGGCUCUUUGCUCUCAAUUGCUUCCCUUCUUUCACCAUUUUUGUCGCUGCUACAACACUUGCUCCUCUGUUUUCUGUUUACUUAGCCUAAAUUAACCUUUUAUCUUCACUCUUCUUACAAAAAAACAAAGAAAUUUAACAAGAAGUAGACGAAAGAAGAGAGAAAACAAGGUACUUGCAGCAGUAACAAUGUCUAACUAUUUCUUGAACGAUGAGCUAUCGAAGAAGACAUCAAUCUUUGGUUUACGUUUAUGGGUUGUGCUUGGUAUUUGUGUAGGAGCUGCUAUAGUUCUUCUUCUUUUCCUUAUCUCUCUUUGGCUCACUUCUAAACGUAAUAAGACUAGUAAUAAAGCCAGUAAACCUAUGGCCACCACUAGUACCGCCACCACCAAAUUCGUUUCAUCUCUCAACAACAACCCCACAAUCCCCAACAUUUCUAAAGAAAUCCAGGAAAUCCGGGUCGACCCGAGAAAACUUAACCACCCGGAUCCAGUUCCGGAGUCGGAGCUCCAGAAUGGGGAGGAGACGACUAGUCCUGUCGGUGGGGGGAAUAGAAUUCAUAUCGAGAUUGGGAAGGAUCAUAGAAUUUCGUACCCCGAGCGGGUUGGCGGUUUGGGGAGUGGGAGUGGGGAGACCCGGUCUGGGCCUCGGUCGGGUGAUCAAGCGGGUGCGGUGAUUGCGGUGCCAGAAGUUUCACAUUUGGGGUGGGGUCAUUGGUAUACUCUUAGAGAGCUUGAGGAGUCUACUAAUUAUUUUGCUGAUGAAAAUGUGAUUGGUGAAGGCGGGUAUGGAAUUGUUUACCGUGGUCUUUUGGAAGAUAAUACUAAUGUUGCUGUCAAGAAUUUGCUCAAUAACAGGGGACAAGCUGAGAAGGAGUUUAAGGUCGAGGUGGAAGCAAUUGGACGAGUACGGCAUAAGAAUUUGGUGAGGUUGCUUGGUUAUUGUGCUGAAGGAGCUCAUAGGAUGCUUGUUUACGAGUAUGUUGAGAAUGGAAACUUAGAACAGUGGCUUCAUGGAGAUGUUGGGCCAUGCAGCCCUCUGACAUGGGAGAUUCGUAUCAAUAUAAUAAUUGGAACAGCAAAAGGGCUGACAUACCUGCAUGAGGGACUUGAGCCCAAGGUCGUUCAUCGUGACAUCAAAUCGAGCAACAUUUUGCUUGAUAAGCAAUGGAAUUCUAAAGUAUCUGACUUUGGCCUCGCAAAACUCUUGGGGUCAGAAAGUAGUUAUGUGACAACUCGUGUAAUGGGAACUUUUGGAUAUGUGGCUCCAGAAUAUGCCAGUACUGGAAUGUUGAAUGAAAGAAGUGACGUGUACAGCUUUGGCAUUCUUCUUAUGGAAAUAAUUUCUGGAAGGAAUCCUGUUGAUUACAGCCGCCCUGCAGGAGAGGUGAACCUUGUUGAAUGGCUUAAAACAAUGGUCACAAAUCGGAAUGCAGAGGGGGUUUUGGAUCCUAGGCUGCCGAAGAAGCCUUCUCCAAGGGCAUUAAAGCGUGCCCUAUUGGUGGCAUUACGCUGUGUCGACCCAAAUGCUCAAAAGAGACCGAAAAUGGGGCAUGUCGUACAUAUGCUAGAAGCAGAUGAGUUCCCCUUCCGAGAUGACCGUAGAGUUGGCAGGGAACCUGGGCGCUCCCAUCAUGAUGUCAUGAGGAUGGAUAAGCGUGUAAGUGAAUCAGGUGAUAGUAGUGGGUAUGAAAGUGGUGUUCAAACCAACAAGUCAUUAUGGAGAAAGAAAGAACCAGAAGAGCAGUGAGCAGGCUUGCCACACUUGUCUAAGGCGAACCAAUUCACUUGUUUUGUCCGUUUCUCUCCAUUCAGAGCUGGCACAGUCAGUCACGUCACCUGUAUAUGCUACCCGUAUUAUUUUGAGUUUGCACUAUCGGUAGAUUCUGCAGCAUUUUCUGCCACUCUGUUCAGCCGAUCUGAAAACUUCUUGUAAAUCCAACUGAAUAUACUACUGUUUGACACAACUGAUUCAUGAAGUACUUUUCUUUCUCUAAUAGAUCAUUUUAAUA